AUGGUUUGCGCCAAAUUUGGGUUGGCCAAAGCCGAUUUCCGAUUGAAACAAAUUGAAUAUGUCUUGAGGUUCCCGAGCGAUGAUGCCACUUCGCUGAGAAUGCGUUCUAAUGACGGUAUUAUUGACCCUUGGGGCAACUUAUGGAUUGGAACCAUGAAUGACUUCCCAAUCACGAAAAAGGAAGGAGUUUUGCCAGAGGGAACCUUGUAUCGUAUUGAUGCCAGCGAUAUGUCUGUGAAGAUUAUGCUAGAGAACACUCAGAUCUCAAAUGGGUUAGCCUUCAACAAGGAUGGGUCAAAGUUCUACUGGACAGACUCUUUGACAUUCACAGUUUGGCAGUUUGACUACAAUAAUGAAACAAAAGAAUUAUCGGACCGCAAACCCCUCAUUGACAUGCGAAACGUGUUUCCUGAACAGGAUAGUCCAGAGCCGGAUGGACUCUCUCGCUCAAAUGACGGUGUGUUCUAUCAUGCUGUCUUUGGAACAUCUCUGGUAAUCAGAUACAACUCUGAUGCAGAGGUACUUCACAAAUACGUGUUGCCGGCUUGUAGAAUUACCUCGACUGCCCUCGGUGGUGCGAACGACGAUAAGUUGUUCAUCACGACUGCUCACUUGCACCUCGACGAAUUUGACGUCAGUAUCGACCCAGAGGAUCGUGCUGGCGACUUGGGCGGAUUCUUGUAUCGCUGCGACUUACCUGAUAAGGUGAACAGCAGUGCCAAGGCCUUGUGGGCCGGCAAAUAG